AUGGCUGUUUCUGACGUUAAUGUACCCCCGGGUUAUUCCCAUGAUCCCGAGAAGGACUCCAAGGCAAUUCCGUCAAACACCACGAAUGAAGAAAUUGGACCGCGAAAUGUCUUUGGUGAUGAGACGCAUCGACGACUCAAGGGUCGUCAUAUCCAAUUGAUUGGUAUUGGAGGCACUAUCGGUACUGUUUUGUUUGUUCAAAUUGGUAAAGGUCUCAUGCAAGGCGGUCCAGGAAGUCUUUUCAUCGCAUUCUCAUUCUGGUGUCUCAUCGUCUUGACAAUCACAAUGGCCAUUGCCGAAAUGGUCUCAUACACACCAAUCUCAUCUCCCUUCGUCCGGUUCGCCGGUAUCUACGUCGAUGAAGCUCUCGGUUUCGCAUCAGGAUGGAAUUUCUUCAUUUUCGAAGCUGCGCUCGUACCAUUCGAAGUAACAGCAUGCCAUUUCAUCCUUCAGUUUUGGACAGACGCAAUUCCCGUGGGCGCGACCAUCGCAGUAAUCAUCGUGCUGUACGCACUAAUCAAUCUCAUGGCAAUUCAGUAUUUCGGCGAGACGGAAUUCUGGGCUUCUGUUGGAAAAGUCAUUUUGAUCGUUGGUCUCAUCUUUUUCACAUUCAUCGUCAUGGUCGGUGGAAAUCCAAAGGGUGAAGCUUUUGGAUUUACUUACUGGAAAAGUCCUGGAGCUUUCAAUACGCUUUACUAUGACGGCGCAUUGGGGAAAUUUGUGGGAUUCAUGGCUUGUCUUAUUCAAGCAGCUUUCUCCAUCUCUGGCCCUGACUACGUCGCUAUGGCUGCUGGAGAAGCUGAGAAUCCUCGCAAGAUCCUUCCUCGAGCUUUCAAGACUGUGUUUUAUCGUCUGACCUGCUUCUUCGUGCUUGGAUCGCUGUGCGUUGGUAUUUUGGUGCCGUACGAUGAUCCCAACAUGAUUGCAGCGUUCAGAGAUGGAAAGUCGGGUGCUGCCGCUUCACCAUACGUCAUCGCAAUGGAUCGUCUUGGAAUCAAGGUCUUGCCUCAUAUCGUCAACGCCAUGAUUCUUGUUUCAGCUUUUUCAGCUGGUAACUCAUACGUUUUCUGCGCCACGAGAUCUCUUUACGGUCUUGCGCUCGAAGGAAAAGCCCCGCGCUUUCUAAGAACAUGCACCAGAACCGGCGUCCCUAUCUACUGCGUUGCCGUUGUCCUUGCUAUUGCAUUGCUGUCGUUUCUGCAGCUAUCGAAUAGUUCUGCUGUUGUGCUGAGUUGGUUUGUCUCUCUGGUGACUGCCUCUCAGCUGAUCAACUUUUGCGUCAUUUGUCUCACGUACUUGUGCUUCUACCGUGCGAUGAAAGUGCAGAACUUUGAUCGUUCUGUUCUUCCUUACAAGGCUUGGUUCAUGCCAUAUGCUGCGUAUGUCGGUCUCGUGGCGACGUUCAUUAUGGUCUUUGUUGGUGGAUAUACCGUGUUUUUGCCUGGCAUGUGGGAUGUGCCCAACUUUCUCUUCUCAUACACUUCUGUCGGAUUAUUUCCUGUUCUUUAUAUCGGAUGGAAGCUUGUGCACAAGACAAAAAUCCACAAACCAACUGAGAUUGAUCUCAAGUAUGAGUUGGCUCCUAUCGAGUCAUAUGAGAAAGAUUACAUAUCUCAACCGCCCAAGAACUGGUUUGAGAAGAUCCUACACUUUCUGUUCGAAUAG